AAAAAGUGAAAAUAAAAAAAAAAAAAUGGGUGCAUGUUUGAUAGAUCUGGCACAAACACCAAAAAAUAGUUUGAUUAAAGAAUUAUUAAUUACAUUAUUUCUUAACUUAUUGUGGUUUCGUUUUUAUGAAGUCAGUUUUUAUUUAUGCUACAAAGAUUUUAUUAUCGUUUUUUAAUUAGUUAUAACAUAUGUUAUCAUACUUUAGGGUUUUGUACUACCUAUCAUAUAAUUUAAUAAUUUUACGGGGGAUUUCCACAUUUAAUAAACGAAAGUUUAAAAGUCUCUCUACAGAAGGCACACAUUGUCAAGUUAAAUUACUGCAAACAAAAAAUAUUACUAGUAGGUAUUUAAAUCCUCGAGUGUAGGAAAUUAUUAUUCACACGCUUUUCACUCAAGAAGCUAUUGAAUUUUUAUGAUUAAGGCAAAACAAACAAAGUAAGUACCGCCAUGUUUAUAAAAGCUCGCAAAGCGCGCUCCUGUUCAUGCCAAUCUUGCGGCCAGCAACUUGUUGCCGAUGUGAACUUUUGUGGCGUAUGACAGAGAGGGUGCAUCGGACCUCCCGCUCGGGGGAGGAGCAUCUGAGCGCGGGGAGCGUGCCGGCCGGUCGCUCAACUCGUUUUGCCGUCCGUCAGUCGUCCCUCAUACGUCGUAGUGAGCGGUUACGUUCGUCGCAACUUUUCGCGCGCGAGCCGUUAUGUGUCGUACUUCGAAACAAGUUUGACGGGAAAUUCGUGAAGUUUUCCGAGCGCGUCCGGACUAAAGUAGCGAUGAGCGCGACAAUUUAUAGCGAAACAAGCAGUGACAAUUUAAAUUAAGUGACAGUCGUAGAGUGAAAUUUAUAUCCGAGAUGUUAUCGAUGGGAUUAUUGGUUGUGUGGUACGCGGCAUGGUGUUGGAUGUAUUCGAGCGCCGGCGGGGCGUCGCUCACGAGUCGGGUGGCGGAGGCUCCGCAGGAGUGCGAGUGGCAGCGCGUGUCUGGCGCCGCUGGAGAGCCCACACGCGUGCAGCUCGCGUGCUCGCUGCGCACCGCAGCCGGCGCCACCGAACUGCUCGCUGGCCUCAGCAAUUCCCAGGCACAACGCAUCACUGCGUUAGACCUGCACUGCACCGACGUUUUAUUCUUCGAGAGCUCCCUAGAUGUUGGUCGAAGAAAAGAGGAAGGCACCGAACUCUUAUCACGCUUCCACAACCUUAAGGAAUUGCGGAUAGAGUCAUGUAAAAUACGAUACGUGCCAUCCGCAGUUCUGUCACCGCUGAGUGGUCUGCGAAGCUUGAGUAUCAGGACGCAUAAUACUGAUUGGUCAGCGAUGUCUAUGGAGUUCCACAGAGAUACCUUUAGAGGUCUUACCGAUUUAAGAAAUUUGGAUUUGGGAGACAAUAACAUUUGGAUUCUGCCUUCGGAAAUAUUCUGUCCAUUGUAUAAUUUGAAAGAUCUCAACGUUACUCAAAACAGAUUGCAAGAUAUCUCCAAUUUGGGUUUCUCCGACUGGGGCAACGGUCCGACUGCGCCCGGAAAAUCGUGCAAUACUGUAUUAGAAACAUUAGAUAUGUCUUACAAUGAAAUAAGCGCUCUACCAGAUAACGGUUUAUCAAGUUUACGCGCACUUCAGAAACUGUUUCUCCAAAACAAUAGGGUAUCGACAGUGGCUGAUCGCGCAUUUGUCGGAUUGAAUGACUUGCAAAUUUUGAAUUUAUCUACCAAUGCACUAACCGCAUUGCCACCUGAAAUGUUUCAAUCUUCUCGUGACAUAAAGCAGAUUUAUUUAAACAACAAUUCGCUCAGUGUUCUCGCUCCCGGCCUUCUUGAAGGAUUAGACCAGUUGCAAAUAUUGGAUUUAUCAGUGAACGAAUUGACAAGUGAAUGGAUAAAUAGAGACACAUUUUCAGGAUUGGUUCGUCUUAUUGUUUUGAAUCUCUCGCACAACAGGAUAACUAAAAUCGACGCUCUACUUUUUCAAGAUCUUAAUAGCUUACAAUUUUUGAGUUUAGAAUACAACAAUAUAGCACGCAUUGCAGAUGGUGCAUUUUCUAACUUGAAAAACUUACACUCAUUGUCAUUAGCCCAUAACAACAUAAUUGAAGUAGAUACCAGUCAUUUCUCGAAUUUAUAUGUACUCAAUCAAUUGUUCCUUGAUGGAAAUAGAAUAACGAAAGUUGACUUACGCUCGUUUGAAAAUAUUACCAAACUUCACGAUUUGGGUCUAAGUGGAAACCAGUUAUCUGAAGUACCGGAAGCCAUAAAGACGUUAAGAUUCUUAACAUCUCUAGAUUUAGGCAUGAACAAAAUAACCAAAGUCAGUAUCUCGCAUUUUGAGGGUUUAGAUGACUUGUAUGGCCUACGAUUGGUAGGUAAUAAAAUCGAGAAGAUUUCCAAAGAUACUUUUGCAGCUCUUCCGUCAUUACAAAUAUUGAAUUUGGCUUCAAAUAACAUUGAUCAAAUAGAUGAUGGUGCAUUUGCGGCAAAUCUACAAUUAAAAGCAAUUGGGCUAGACGGGAAUAAACUUGUUGACUUAAAAGGAAUAUUCACCAAUACGCAGCCGUUGGUUUGGUUGAAUGUCUCAAAUAACGAGUUGCUGUGGUUUGAUUAUAGUCACAUACCUACAAACUUAGAGUGGCUAGAUAUGCACGAGAACAAAAUUGAAAAGUUGGAAGAUACGUAUGGUGUAAAAGAAUCGUGCAACAUAAAAAUGCUUGAUGUUAGCAACAAUAAAAUCCGAAGCAUCGAUGAAUUUUCUUUUCCUAGUAGCAUAGAAACCGUUGUGCUAAAUAAUAACUACAUAGACAAAAUCAGUCCUGGCACGUUCUUACAAAAGUAUAACCUAAACAAAGUAAUGUUGUAUUCAAAUAAGAUAAAAACAUUGGAAACUGCCGCAUUUACGAUAUCAGCUGUUCCUGAAGAGAAAGAUUUACCCGAGUUCUAUAUUAGCGAGAACCCAUUUGCGUGCGAUUGUACAAUGGAAUGGCUGCAGAGAAUUAACCAAUUAAGUGAUCUCCGGCAGCGCCCGAGAGUAAUGGAUUUAGAAAGUGUAAGAUGCUCUUUAACCCAUUCUCGAAGCAAAUCGGAUGUGCUUUUGCUCGAAGUAAAAUCUUCAGAAUUUUUGUGCGAGUACGAUUCACAUUGUUUCACCCUUUGCCAUUGUUGUGACUUUGACGCUUGUGAUUGUAAGAUGACUUGUCCAGAUAAAUGUUCGUGUUAUCAUGAUCUCACCUGGAACUCCAACGUGGUCGAUUGUUCGAGUGCCGGCUACGAUCACGUACCGGACCGAAUACCGAUGGACGCGACCGAAAUAUAUUUGGAUGGAAACGAUCUCAAAGAAUUAGGAAAUCACGUCUUCAUCGGCAAAAAAAGAUUACAAGUCUUGUAUCUCAAUAACAGCAACAUCAAUACAAUACAAAAUAGAACGUUUAAUGGGAUUGAUUCGUUGCGAGUUCUACAUUUGGAGAACAAUAACUUGGAAGUGUUAAGGAACACUCAGUUUACAAGAUUACAAAACCUGAACGAGCUAUAUCUCCGUAACAAUAAAAUAAAAGUAAUAGAGAAUGAUACAUUUAAUUACCUGCCUUCACUGGAAUACCUGGACCUUGACAACAACGGUUAUGUUGAUUAUAUGCCGUGGAGAGUUAUUACUGACAACAAUCCUCGCACGCGUGUGUCCGUAGAUGGGAACAACUGGAUAUGUGAUUGUAAAGACGUAGCUCAACUGAAUCAAUGGUUAAUAAAAAAAUUAAAAGAUACCGAGUCCAUGAUGUGCUACUUUGCUCACGGCCAACCGAUGAAUAAAACUAUUGCGACUGUAGCGAAGGAAUGUAAAACAGAGAUCACUACCGAAGAAACCGGGACAGAGACUCAAAAGCGAUUAUUCAUCGAAUCGAAUGACGGAGUCGAAAAUUACAUUCCAUAUAUCGCAGCGCUUCUGAUAAUAGUAAUUAUACUUUUGUUAAUGUGUGCCCUUCUCUUUAUGUUCAGGGAAGAUUUAAAAUUGUGGAUGCAUUCAAAGUAUGGAAUUAGAAUUUUUACUUCAACGCCCAAGGAUAUGAAUGACAAUAAAAAUAAACGGUUCGACGCGUUUUUUGUGUACAAUCCCCGAGACGAAGAUUUCGUGACGCGCGCUGUUAGUUCUGGGUUAGAGAAUUCGGGACAUUCUUUGUGUUUACAACACAGAGACUUGCAACCGAUCGAGAGACGCUCCAGUGACAGUUUAGUGAGUGCUUCGGAGAGUUCUAAAAGACUAGUGAUAGUGUUAUCCAUAUACUUUUUACAACAAGAGUGGUACUCUUCUGAAUCAAAAGCGGCCGUACAAAGUGCUAUAAACUCAGUGAACGUUAGGCAUAGACGCCAAAAGAUUAUAUUCCUUGUGACGACAGACUUAAGUGCCAUAAUUAUAGAUCCCGACUUGAAAGUUUUGCUCAAAACGUGUACUGUGAUCGUGUGGGGUGAAAAGAACUGUUGGGAAAAGCUAAAUUUUCGGUUACCGGAUGUGGACGUCACGUUGACGAAUCGAACGCUUCAUAACGCCGGUAGUGUGAAAAGUGGUAAUAGGGAAGGGUUUGGUAGGCACGGGAACUUGAGGUAUACGGCACCGCCUACAUCACAAGACCCAUGGUAUAAAUACGGGAUGGCACCUCCGAUUCUGAUGAUGUCGAGUCCUAUGCACUCGACCAGUGCCAGCGCGGAGGUGUCAGCUCGGAGUACUGAGGACGAGACCUGUUCCGUGGCCAGUAGCGAGGGUCGGCCUGACGACCGGCUCCCGCAUCACCAUAGUUACGUGUCUAUAGACAAUCACCAAUGUGAGGAGAGACCUCUGAGGCCUCCCCAACAAAUUCCCAUGUCAAACACUAGGCCUAACAACAUGCGAAAGACUUACUUUGUUUAAACAAUGAACAAUAUAAUGUGAUGUGUUUUUUUAUAACUUGUAUUGCGUGAAUGUAAAACCUGUAAUUAUAGUUGUUAAGUAUUCGGAAGAGUAUGAAAAAAACAUUGUUAGUAUUUCAAUUGUAAGCUCUCGAUGUUAGUCUGGUGCUCUUAAUUGCUAAUAUGAAUCUUAUCAUUACUGUAUUACAAACCUGUACAUUUUAUUAUGAAAUAAUGCAUGUACUUUGAGUACCUACAGAUAAGCAUUUAAUAUCAUUCUACUAAUGUACUACCUAUUAUGAAUGAGCAUUUGAUGAACAAUCAUUCACAAUGUUUUUUCCAGAUUAUAGAAUAGAAGCUUAUUUAUUAUACUUAACAUUCCUUAACUUUGUAACUUUUGUUAUCUGUAUAAAACAGUAGCUAUUGUUAGCUUUCCGACGCAAUUCCUGAAAUAUACUGUACAGGUCACAUAAUGACACUUUGUGAUAAAAUUAGGUACUUAUGUUUGUUAAAGACUACGCUGUUAAGUGAGAAGUGUAAAAUAAAAUGAUAAUUGUAUAUAAUUGUAAUAUAAAUAUUGUACUAUAAACACUGUUGAAGAACUGAAUUGUACCCUAGUCAAUUGUAAAUAUUUAGUAAGUAAGUAUGUAAUUAAAAACAUAAUUUUGUGAUGUAAUUUUUAGUUAGAAACGUAUAAAAACGUAUUUAUUACGCUUCCAAUCAGAGAGUAUGAAUAAAUUAAUUAUUUUGUCUACUAUAAUGACUUUUAUUGAUAUCCAACUAGCAUGAAGAAUACUCAUGUUCAAUAACGAGUAGGCUAACAUUCUUUGUUAAUCAUAAAUUCUUUUAAUCAUCUCAAAUGAAAAUAACCUUUUUUUAUGUUUCGAAACAAAGUAUUAAAGUUCACAACUUUCGAAAGACUCAAUCAAAAUCGAUAUCUAUCAUCAGAACAGGUGAUUGAAUGGGGGCGUGUGUCAGAAACUUUUUCAUUGGCAUAAUCAAUUUACCGAAUCGCUUUGUUCGCUCAUCCACAGUCGAAUGUAUAUAAAUAUUUAUUUUAUCUAAAUUGAUCGAGCCGGAUAAGAUCACGUGCGGGCUUCGUACGAUUUUAAUUUAAAAAGCGACCGCGACAGUGCCUUGGUUGCCCGCUGCGAAACUAUAUAAAUCAUCCUCGGACCAGAGUACCAGACCCUGGAUGAAUAUACAGCAUUUUAAUUGACUUUUGAUUGCAGGCAGCAUGUCUCUUCAUUGUUAAGUGGCCUCACUUAUCUGGAGCAAUUGAUUGUAGCGCGUGAAUUUUUAUUCGUCGCGU